AACCGGAGAGCCAAUGAGCGACGAGACCGCAGCUGCGUCAGUGACCUCUGUCAGCACGUAAGCAGAAACUACAGCAGGACACUAGUGUCAUUGUACACAGGAUGGGUUUCCUGCUCUCUAAAUCCAUGGAGCAGAACUUCCAGAAACAGCAGGAGUUCAUGCUUCUCAACGCUCGACUGCAGUUGGAGCGUCAGUUGCAGAUGCAGAAUCAGAUGCGAGAGCGUCAGAUGGCGAUGCAGGUGGCGUGGUCCAGAGAAUUUCUCAAGUACUUCGGAUCUUUCUUCAGCUUGACCACACUGGCUCUCACUGUCGGAGCCGUUAAAAAGAGGAAACCCGCUUUACUGGCUCCUGUCGUUCCUCUCAGUUUCAUUCUAGCGUAUCAGAUGGACGCCGCGUACGGCACUCUGAUUCACCGCAUGAGAGAGGAGGCAGAGAGCAUCAUGGUAUCUGAGAGCGAGCGUUUAGAUCUUCCUCACGGAAUGCCGACGUUUGAGAGUAUCGAGAAAUCUCGCCGAGUCAAAUCUCAUCUGACAUCUUUACUGGAGAAAUGAGAACAAUAACCAUCAUCAAAGACAAAUGUCACAAUAACGGCUGACGUCACCUCCACUCCACCAAACAUAAAUCCCAUUUCACAGUGACGAGAAGAACGGCCUUAAUUAGCCAAACAUGUGAUGCUCAUGUGUUUCUACACAUAUAUCUGGACUUAUUCAUUUAAAGUUCAUCCAGUUUGUCUUCAUACAAAUGUUUUAUUUGUAGAUCAUGUGAUAAUGAUGUCAUGAUCAUUUAUAAAGAUGUAGUAUAAAUAUUCAAUUAGCUCAUGAACAUCAAACUUGAGUUUUAUCCUGAUUUUCUUUGUUUCCAACAAUAAAUCUGUACGUUUUUUUUUUUCUAAAGGUCAAAUAUGUUUUUCUUCCUUAAAAAAAGUUUUCUUGAGUUAUAAUUUUUCAUAUUGAUGAAUUUUGUGAUUCUGUUACAAUCAUCGUAAUAAUUGGACUGUUUUUAAUGAAUUCAGUCUUCAUGUAUGAAAAUAAAAUGGUAAGUCUUCAUUUCACUUUGUUUUCUUGUU